AAUAAAUUUUUACUGACUGCAUUUCUCGCCCAAAAAUGCAUUCACUUGAAGAUGUACGAAAUUGAUUACAAUCGCUUUUUCUUUCCUCAAGAACUGAUAGUCUCGCCGUAACUAAAUCAGGCACAAUGGACGAACAGGUCCGAGUAAGAAGUUUUGCCGUAAGCAAAACCCGACAGCAGCCCUGCACGUCGUCGCCCCAGUCGCGUGCGGUCGGCCUGUUGGUUGUAGCCACCCUGCUGCUAGCGCCGGCCUCUACACCCGUCGCGGCAGAAUCCCCUCAACAACUUCUGCAGCAGACGCCUGGGCUGCGUGUGGAGCGCGCUGCCUUCUCACCUCCCACGGUCACGUCAGUAGAGCCUCACCGCCGUGGGAUAUCGAGCAUAAUGCACGACUCCAACCUGCGCGUGGGGCGUCAAAGUGAAGGCCCUUACCAUCCAUCGUACAUGAGGAAAGCUCCCUACAGGCAGCAGUCGUCGACGCUAAUUUCAGAUGAAGAGAACCUGUCGCGACCUCCGACCAUGUACCGCUCACCUGACCCUUCAAUGGACUUCCAAACGGAUUACGAGGACACAUUACAGGACGGGUCGCAACCUCAAGCGGAAGAAUACACCGCCGGCGCCCCCAUCUUGUACGGUUCACAUAAGAUGGAUUCUAAUGACGCAGUGGAAAGCCUCGUGAGCGAUCGAAAACAAACAUUGUAUGUCGCGGACUUGGUGCGUGUAAACGAUGAUAAUCCUGAUGAUGCACGAAGCCGACAAAGACGCGUCGAAAGUUCCUCUUCAAUGCCAAAUGGAGAAAGAUUUGCGCGUCACGGCCGCUUCGGAGAAGCAGGUGGCGUCAGCGAAUCAGAUGAGGACGAGAGGUUCGAUACCUUUGGCAAAAAAAUAUCCGAGGAACUGUGGGUGGGACCAAGGAGGUCCGCAAGCCCGGUUCAUCCGUCAGCUCGAGCUGUCCGUCCUAAAAACCGAAGCCCGAGCCCCAGCAACGGGGAGUCGGAAGGGAAGCUCGUAUCCUCGCGACUGGGAUUCAGGAAUGGCAACACGGCUAUUGAAGUUAACGACAACUCAUUAACAACGAACCAUGAGGAAGCGCUGCAACACCCGGGAUCUCGUAUGCUCGGUCGGAGCUCCCUCAUGAGACCAGGCCACAAUCGUGGCAAAGAGACGGUCAUCAUACGAGACCAGGCAGGAGGUCAUGUCAGUAAUCCGAGAAUGCUAAGACAUCGUCCCCAGAACGCGCAAAGAGGUUCAGUGCAAAGCACUUUGAGCAUAACAGACGUAAUGGUGCAAACUAAUCAAACUUACGAUCAAUUUUUGAGAAAUCUUAGCAAUGUGGGUAUAAGCCUCGCACAUUUUCUGCGUGUUCUGAAUGACGGCGCAUCCAUGGAAGAUGUUUUGCGACUCCUAAACUUCCCAGAGCCAAACGCGGGCGUUCCUACCACCACAAUUCCACCUCACGCACAAAGAAAAGGGGGAAGAAACUGGGAAGAAAACCUUCACAAUGAAGACAGCAACGCAAACGGGAAAAGGAGACAGGGUGAGGAGUUCUCCGACUCCGUCUACUCUGCCGGCGUUCACCCCGUAAACCGGCACUCCAACGACGUUUACGGAUCCGAGUUCAUUACAGAAUCGGGAGAGAUUAUCAAUAUGCCAGACUACACUCCGGACACUUCCUACGAAGAUUACUAUUCUGAAGAUCCCGACGAUGGAUAUGAGACAAAACUCCACGCUCGAGUCCACACAUUCAAGACACAAGAGACGUCGAAUGACGUUGAAGCCAACACUCCUAGGAACAAGUUUAUUUUAGAUGAACCUGUGGAUCCGCACCCCAACUACAACCAGUGGGACCAGAUCAGCGACUACAACUACAACACUCACGAGGGAAUGUACGACGCCGUAAAUACCGAAGAAACUCUCGCUGUGCGCGAGCAAGAGUUGCGAGUGCAGCCGGCGGAACCGACGCUCGAAAAGAAACCCUUGACUUACGCUGUCAUAGCAGCUAGUGCCAUCAUGGGGAGCUUAGCAGUAUUUACCUUUUUUGUCUUGAUUGCGUACACGAUCGUUAAAUGUACCAGAAAGCCUACUCUUAAUAACUACCAAGUCAGUGAUAAAAAACCUGUUGAAGUAGCUUCAACAUAAACAAAAGAAUGUUUUAAAGUCCAAUUUCAUUAACUGGAGAGGUGAGCAAAAUGAGGUUUAAUAAGAAAAUUACCUUUUUUUCUCACAGCAUGUAGCAAUUUCCUUUCUGACUUAUUAUUUAAUCUCAGAAAACUUCAUCGUAAAGAAUUCAAAAGACAAUUUUACAGUCAUCAAUAAUUUAUUCUCGCUAGAUUGUCAUUCAUGGGGGCAUUUCCAGUUUUUAUGCAGAUGGUUACAUUAUUUCAGGCAAAGCAUGCUGCUUUUUUGCCCUUAUGUUCAAGAGAAGCGUGGGGGACUUCUUUAUAAUUACCAGAGGUACCGUAGUUUAUAAGUUUUCUUGACCAACGUGCGUAAAUAGAUUACCGCCCCUUGUUUAGCUUCUAAUCUAAUAGAUCUCAACCGUUAACAUAGGGCUACCACCUUCAAAAUUUGCAUUCUGCUCACUUACGUGCCAUGUUCUUGUUUCAAAUUAUCGUCAUUUGUGCCCGUAGUAAUUUGAGAACCCAAAUUGUACACGAUGCGUUUCAGAUUUGAUAAUGGUCUUCAAGAAUAUUGAUUAAUAAAAUAUUUGUAAAUAUCGCGUUAAAAUCAGGACAACAGCAAAUAAUGCAUAUCGAGCGUUAAUUUCAGGUGCAUAAUAAAGAGAGAUGAACACUAAUUAUUAUCUAGUAACUCUAGUUUCAAACCUGGAAUCUAAUAAAACAUAAAAUAUAAAUUACGUAGAAUUCUUACUUAAACUUGCCCAGGGGAUGCAGAAAAAAUACUUUCAGCACUUUCUCAACUUUGCUCUUAGAUCGAACUACCUCGACUAUUUGUAAGCUGCUGUUCAGUUCACAAAUUCAUUCCUAAUGUACUGACAAAAUUAAUAGUCAUUAAUUUAAGGAAGAUAAGAAGUAAUUUGUCUACAACAAGCUAUAAAUAGUGGGGUUACAUUA